GAGGAAUGCGCAAACACUGGAGGUCAAAGAUUGCGCAGUGCCCGCCGCCCGCCGGGGAUAAAGGGGCGCUGGCCCGGCAGACGGGGCACCAGCCGCUCCUGAGUGCCCGAGGAUGAGGCUCGCCAUCCACGCGCUGCUGGCCUGUACGGCCCUGGGACUGUGCCUGGCUUCUCCUGAGGAAACCGUGAGAUGGUGCACCACCUCCACUCAUGAGACCAGCAAAUGCUCCAGCUUCAAAAAAGCCCUUCCUGCGAGUGGUCCUCUCCUGUCCUGUGUGAGGAAAAACUCUCCCAUUGAGUGUAUCAGAGCCAUUUCGGAGGAUGAAGCGGAUGCAGUGACUUUGGAUGCAGGUCAUGUGUUCGAGGCUGGCUUGGCUCCCUACAACCUGAUUCCUGUGGUGGCAGAGUACUACGGUUCCCAAGAGAAUAAGCAAACUAACUAUUAUGCUGUGGCAGUUGUGAAGAAGACCAGCAAUUUCCAGUUUAAUGAGCUCCAAGGCAAGAAAUCCUGCCACACAGGCCUUGGCAGAUCAGCUGGCUGGAACAUCCCCAUUGGUCUGCUUUAUUGGAAGUUGCCUCAGCCACAAGACUCUCUUCUGAAAGCUGUGUCCAAGUUCUUCGAGGCCAGCUGUGUUCCCUGUGCAGAUCCAAAGCUCUAUCCCAAGCUGUGUCAGCAGUGUGCAGGGACUGGGGCUGACAAGUGUGCCUGUUCUUCCCAUGAACCCUACUUUGGCUACAAGGGUGCCUUAAAGUGUCUAGCUGAUGAUGCUGGUGAUGUGGCCUUUGUCAAGCACUUGACAGCACUUGAAAGUCCUGACAAAGACAAUUAUGAGUUACUAUGUCCUGACAACACCCGGAAGCCUCUGGAUCAAUACAAGGACUGCCACCUGGCCCAGGUUCCUUCCCAUGCUGUGGUGACCCGAAGCGUGGGUGGCAAAAAGAACUUGAUCUGGAAUCUUCUCAACUAUGCCCAGGAACAUUUUGGCAGAGGAAAAUCAAGUGAAUUCCAGCUCUUCAGCUCCCCUCAUGGGACUGAUAUGAUGUUUAAGGAUUCUACACAGGGCUUUUUACUGGUGCCUGAUAGCAUGGACACCUGGAUGUACCUAGGCUAUAUGUAUGUCAUGAGUGCUCGGAAUGCAAGGGAAGAUACACGCCAGGAUCCCCCAGAUGAAUGCAAGAAAGUGAAGUGGUGUGCAGUGGGCCACCAUGAGAGGGUCAAGUGUGAUGAAUGGAGUGUAAACAGUGGAGGAAAAAUAGAGUGUGAGUCAGCAGAAUCUACUGAAGACUGCAUUGCCAAGAUUUCGAAAGGAGAGGCUGAUGCCAUGUCCUUGGAUGGAGGCUAUCUGUAUAUAGCAGGCAAGUGUGGUCUGACGCCUGUCCUGGCAGAAAACUACAAAACUGAAGGACCUGAAUGUGUAAACACACCAGAAAAAGGAUAUCUUGCUGUGGCAGUGGUUAAAGCAUCAGAUCCUGAUACUACUUGGAACAAUCUGAAAGGCAAGAAGUCCUGCCACACUGGAGUAGAUAGAACAGCUGGCUGGAACAUCCCCAUGGGUCUGCUCUACAACAACAUCAACCACUGUAAAUUUGAUGAAUUUUUCAGUCAAGGCUGUGCCCCUGGAUAUAGACAAAAUUCCACUCUCUGUGAUCUGUGUAUUGGCUCCGAAAAUGUUCCAGGAAAGAAGUGUGUUCCCAAUAACCAUGAGAGAUACUAUGGCUACUCUGGGGCUUUAAGGUGUCUGGUUGAAAAAGGAGAUGUGACCUUUAUCAAAGAUGAGACUGUCUUGCAGAAUACAGGGGGAAAUAAUAAUGAACCCUGGGCUAAGAAUCUGAAGCAGACAGACUUUGAGCUGCUGUGCCUCGAUGGCACCAGAAAGCCCACGACUGAGGCUGAGAGCUGCCACCUUGCCCGAGGCCCGAAUCAUGCUGUGGUUACCAGGAAAGAUAAAGCAGCUUGUGUCCGCCAGAUGUUACUUGAUCAGCAGGCUGAGUUUGGAAGAGAUUCUGACUGCUCUGGCAAGUUUUGUAUGUUUCAAUCUGAAACCAAGGACCUUUUGUUCAAGGAUAAAACACUAUGUUUGGCCAAACUUCCUGAUGCAACAACAUAUGAAACCUACUUAGGAAGUGCAUAUGUCAAAGCUACAGCUAAUCUGCAACAGUGCUCCACCUCAAAACUUCUGGAAGCCUGCACUUUCCACAAGCCUUAAGAUAGAAGAAAGAGGUCACUACCAGCUGGGGGUAAAGCUCACAUGACCCUGAGCUUCCCAUUUGCCUAAUAUGGUGUGGCACUUCUGAAGGACAUAUAAUAAAAGUCAUUGAUUUUA